UGCUUUUCCUUACCACAAGGAUCUAUAUCCCUAUCGACCAUCUAAUGAAACUAAUUGGGGAAUUACCGUAGCCUUUUAUGGACGAGGAAGACGAAGGUGUGGCCGCAGUAGGUCUAGGCAGAGAGCUCAUCGGCGUAGGGUAUCUCUGACCAGUUUCCGGUGCGCUCGGCGUGCUCCGCGAGCACCAUAGUCCCCCGUGCUGCGAGCCCGUACACCAACCACUCCGGCCUCCCCUCCUCUUCCGCCGCCGCCAUCGCCGCACUGGAGCAAAAUGUUAUUAUGAAAAUUCUGAAAGGUAAAAUACAAAAAGCCGACAGCUCCGGGGUUCUCUCCGACGAUCGCUAUAUCGACGGCCCAUGCAAGAGCUGCUGAUAUUGACGAUUGGAUUCCAUCCGCCGUAUAUGUGGAUAAGAAUAAUUCUCCGGCGAGAGCCGAUGGCCGCCAUGGCUUCCUCCCUCGCUCUCCAGCAACAUCUCCUCAGCGGCACCAAGUCGAACUCUUGGACUAUGCGCAAGUCUCAUCUCAGAAUCCGUCGUCGCUUUAUCCCCAUCUCUGCCUCCCCCUCCUCUUCCACUCCGCCCUCCUCCUCCUCCUCGCCGGAGAAGACGGCGCAGACGGCGGAGUUGUGCGUUAAUGAUGGACUCGAACUGUUCUCCAAAGGGCGGGUAAAAGAAGCCCUAAUGCAGUUCGAGAAUGCACUGACUUUAAAUCCAAAUCCUAAGGAAUCGCAAGCAGCAUUGUACAACAAAGCAUGCUGCCAUGCAUACAGAGGUGAAGGUAGGCAAGCAGCAGAAUGUCUGCGAACUGCUUUGCGAGAUUAUAAUCUCAAAUUCAGCACUAUUCUCGAUGAUCCUGACUUGGCCUCAUUCAGAGCAUUGCCAGAAUUCAAAGAACUGCAAGAAGAGGCCAGGCUGGGUGGUGAAGAAAUUGGUUAUGGAUUUCGAAGGGAUCUGAAACUUAUUAGUGAAGUUCAAGCACCAUUUCGUGGUGUGAGAAGGUUCUUUUAUGUGGCUUUAACUGCUGCAGCUGGAAUUUCAUUGUUUUUUACCAUUCCACGGCUUAUUCUUGCAAUUAAUGGUGGUGAAGGUGCUCCUGAUCUAUGGGAGACUGCUGGAAAUGUCUCCAUUAAUGCUGGCGGCAUCAUUAUUCUUGUGGCAUUUUUUAUCUGGGACAACAAGAAAGAAGAGGAACAACUUGCCCAAAUAUCACGUGAUGAAACUCUAUCAAGAUUGCCGUUGCGUCUUUCAACCAAUCGGAUUGUUGAACUAGUGCAGCUUCGUGACACUUGUCGACCGGUAAUUUUGGCAGGGAAGAAGGAGACUGUCUCAAGGGCAAUGGAGAAAGCUGAGAGGUUCCGAACUGAACUGCUUAAGCGAGGUGUGCUUCUAAUUCCUGUUGUUUGGGGUGAUUACAGCAAGGGUAUUGUUGAGAAAAAAGGCUUCGGUGGUCCUGCAAAAUCUGCAUCAUCUCUUCCUUCCAUUGGGGAUGAUUUCGAUAAGCGAACUCAAUCCGUAACUGUAAAGUCACGUUUAAAAGCUGAAGUGCGCUUCAAGGCUGAUAUAGUUUCACCUUAUGAAUGGGAGAGGUGGAUACGCGACCAGCAAAAAUCUGAAGGAGUUGAACCAGGUGACGAUGUUUUUAUAGUUUUACGUCUCGAUGGACGUGUUCGAAAAUCAGGACAGGGCAUGCCAGAUUGGCAGGAGAUCGUCAAAGAGUUACCGCCACUAGAAGCUUUGCUCAGCAAACUCGAAAGAUGAAUCCAUUUCUACUGCAAAUGGAAAACAGAACUUCAAACUUAGCUGAAAAGAUUAGCAACUCGAGCUUGUCUACUACUCCAUCACCGGUUCCGGCAAACAAGGACCAAUCUCAUAGUUCUCAAGUCCGGCAAGAGGAUCUAGCGUUUACCAUGAAGGGAAUCCAACUAGCACCUUGUCAUCUCUUCAUCUCGCGGGCAUUGUAACAUGCCUAAGAUCACACUAAGUGUCCAUAAGGAUACCAAAUCAUGAAAGGAUAUGAGAUCGAUCUCGUUUUCUCUUGGAAAUAAGAUAAUGCCAUUGCGUUUCUGUAAAGAGAGAUAUGCCCGAGCGACCAUCCACACGAUGUAACUAGAGAGCCCGAUCUUGCCUUUGUAAAUGGAGAUGGGUUUGGGGCCUACGAGCACAUUGCAAAGGCCAUGAUCUCUCAUUUUAUGAAGCUUGUAUAAACUUGAUGCUUCAAGUUAUGCCCUCGUCAAGCUCAUUUGAAUAGAA